GAAUGAUUUUAUGGUCCAAUUCUCCACUUGGAACGGCCUCGAUAACAAACUAGAUUCAUUCACAGAUUCAUGGAGUCCAACAUGUUGUUCAGAUUUAUCCUCAUUUGCAUGGGCGUUUGUGAGAUCACAGGGAAAUGCAUUCAAUCCGAUUGCAUGCCGGACACCGUUUGUAUUGGCGACGAAUGUGUGGUUGUGGUUUGCGAGAGCGAUCAGCAAUGCCCUUACGGAUUUCACUGCGCACUUCUGUCAAGUGGGAGUCAGGAUUUUCAACAGGGCUUGGGCGAGAAGGUUUGUUCUCAAACCAAUCCCGAUCUCCGACGAAUCAAAUCCACCAUGGGCUCCUUGUACCGAUCGUGUUGUCGCGAUUCCGAGUGCAAACAUGACGAGGCUUGUUAUUUCCUCACCAAUAGAGAUCAGAAUGAGUGCCAAGCCCGAUCGAAGAAUCAAUUGGGGGGCUACUGUCGAACGGUCUAUCGAGUGUGUGACAGUCAUUGUCACUGCAAUAACAUCGCUCAUUGCUUCAAGAUGUCGGAUAAGCCCAAGCAAGCCAACGGCAAUUGCUUCUGUAACACCAUUGACGACAGAAGCUGUGGGGCUCAAUGUAAUACUACCUCGGAUUGCCGGGAUGGCUGCGACGAUUGUCAAAGCAAUAUCUGCUCAGUGUCACCGCUCAAGGAUCGCUGCAAUGAAGCUCUGAAAUCCUGUGCUCGAAGCCAACAAUCCCUGUGCAAACUCCAACCACGACAAGAAUGUUGCACGGAUUGCGAUUGCUACCGACAAUGCAAAGGUAUCGAAUGCUCGUGUAACAAACAAUGUCGGGGUCCAGCCCCGUGGUUUUGCCCGGCAGAUGGAAGCCCCCUGCCCGAGGAGACGCCCCAACUUCCCGUCCAGGAACCGGCCCAGCGAUGUCCUUUGGAACCGAAUUGCAUUCGACCCACCUGCUUCUACGCAUCUAAAUUCAGUGGUCAAGUUCGCGAAUCCUUUGGCGAUAUUGGCACUGCUCGGGAUUGUUGGGAGGAAUGCCACUUGGAUCAGGCUUGUCUGGGGUUCACUUGGAGCUCUCAGGGUGGACAAUGCACUCUCUUGGCCACUCUCACAAGGCCCCAAGCGAGCACUAGCCACAUAUCUGGCUUUCGCUUGUGUCCAGAUGUGAAAACGCCAAAUAUCAUGCAGAGUGCUCAAAUUGGCCAGACUCAGGGUGACCAAAUUGGGACGAGCGUCUACAAUGGUGGGCAUGGUCAAAGCCAGCAUCGCAAUGAAAAGGUCAACUAUUAUGAGUACCACUACUAUGGAGAUCAGACAGUCGAUAGCCAUCAUGGUGGCCAAGGGAAUCGGCUCACAGAUUCCAAGUCCGCGUGUUUCCUCGAAAACACCUCCAUUGAUGGAGACCUGACUCUAAAUGGCAUUAUCGAUGUGGAUAAUGCGAGCAAAUGUCAGGAGCUCUGUCAAAAGGACCCGUCAUGUGAAUAUUUUACGUUGGAGGUGCGAGUGUGCUAUCUCAUGAAAAACAAGCACGAUUCCGAGCGAUAUGACGGAGCCACGUCAGGAUCCAAGCGCUGUUGACACCACCAACCACGAGGAACGAAAGAAAAUAUUAUACCAGGGCAAACAUAACAGCAUAUUCGCCAUGAUCCUGGCUAAAAACAUUGGCCAACUGUAACAUGCCAGCGUCAGCCUGAAAUGGGACAAUGUUUCGUGUUUAACUCAAAAAAGGGCGAGAGGAACGGCGAGUCGUGCCUUGGUUAGCUAUCGCACAGAUCACUACGACGACUUUUGACAUUGUAAUGGCUUGCUUGUGACAUUUGAAUAAAGUUUAGAAUCCAGCCUUGGGGAUUCAUUGUUUCUCGA